AUGGUUUUCUGGGAGGUUUUAAUUGUGGGAAAUUAUAUUCUGGCUCUAAUUGGAUUUGUUGCCAACAUCCUCUAUUUUAAAUUGGUGGUUUUCAAUGUUUCUUUUGAUGUAUAUUCCAGAAUCGCUUCAUUUAUAAUUGCCUCGGCUACAACAUUGCUCAUAACUUCAAAUGUAUUAACGACGUCGAUAUGUUUAUCAUAUGGGUCGUAUUUCAGUUCAGGAUCUUGUAUGGAAAAUAGAUUGUUCCAAAUAAUGACUUUGCUACACUCAUAUGGAGAAAUUACAAUUGUUUCUGAGAGGUACGCUUCUGUAUUCUUUCCGACAUUCCGUUUAUCAGAAACCUAUAAACUUUGGUUUUCUCUCAUAAUUAUUAUUUAUCUAAUCUCACUUAGUUCUUAUUUGUAUAUGAUGAAUAUUGUUAAAUCAGUGUUUGCCCUGUUAUACUGUACUAUUUUUGCAUCGGUACUCUACCUGGUUUCCUUUAUUCUAGUCAUGUAUCUAUUUUGUGUUGCCAAAAAGAGAUACUACGAAACUCUGGGUAUAAUUUCAUUGACGAAAAGAUACAUGCUAUCCGAAAGCUAUGAACUCUGUCGUAGCUCACUUCCUGCUACAAUCAGCAGCCUCGCUAUUAAUAUUGUAGUUUUCAUUUCUUUCUGGUGUCUACUAUUCGAUGUCAUUCCCCAGACAAAAGGUCAAGAAUUUUUCGUUUUAGCGAAUAUGACAUUAAACCUGACAGCUACUCUUUUUCCAAUUCUCUUCAUUAUCGGUUCGAGGAAAAUUAGACGGCGGUUUGCAAAGAUAAAUCCAUUCAAUCAACAACAAGAAAUAAAAGAGGAGCAACAAAUGGGAGUUAGAAAAUUAGAUGGACAUCGAAUCAGUUUCAAUCAAUCCCAGAAUGAAUAUUUCGAACAGUUGCAAUCUUCGUGGGCUUGA